AUGGUCAGAAUUAAAGAGCGCUACCUGCUAGUCAACAUCCUAUACCCCUCCGAGAUUGGCAGCCGACCUGACAUCCCCGAUGUCGUGGUCAUCAACCAGCCUACGACCGACGAGCUCACGCCCGUCGCGCUCAUGAGAGGCAUCCGCGCCGAGGUUGCCGCCUUCUUUGGAGAUCACGGCUCUGGAGCUAUCGAGGGCGCUGCCUUUUCAGUCAAAUACUCCUCCCCAGCGACCUCGACCUUCAUCAUACGAACCUCUCGAGCAUCCUACCGAUACGUCUGGACGGCCUUGACGUUCAUGGACAUUGUACCUGUUAAGCACGGUAAGCCCUGCACGUUCCAAGUCGUGCAUGUAAGCGGUACCAUACGCAAGGCCGAGGAAGAAGCCAUCCGUCGCGCUCGAAAUUUGAUAUUCGCGGCACAAAAUGGGCAGUCGCAAAGGUCUGCCGAUCCUCUGGCCAAUAUGUUCGGGUCCUCCAAACGACCGACUCACGAGGGCGCCGGGGCGGAUCGAUUCGACGUCGAUGAUGAAGAAAGUGACGUGGAGAUGGGAGAAGUGAGCGACGGCUGA